UUAUGAGUUCUAGGUUUGUCAACAUUCGAAACACAAUUGGCUUUGGUUAUCAGCAAAAUAAAUAAAUUCGAAAUUCUGAACAUUUGGCGAAAAUGCCGCCCAAGCGACCGGGUAAAAAGAAAAAGGAUGUGGACUGGGCCGCCGAUGAGAACUUCACCAAGGAUCGAUCCAUGAUCUACAUCGAGCACACGUACGAGUGUCCCAUUUUCCAGACCAAGGCCGACGAGUGCGGCACAUUCCUCACCCAACGGAUUCCGGAGCGCAAGUUCCAGCUGGUGAAGAACCGAAACGGACGCCAGGUUCCCCGGGAAGGAGCCUUCGAGAUAACGUUCUCGCAAAAUGCCCGCACCUCGGAGCACUUGCUGUGGUCCGGCCUGGAUAAGGGACCGCCGCGUCGGGACAAGUUCCCUUUGGAGUACGAGAUACUGGUGCCCGACGUGAACAGGAUACUCAAGAAAUUCUAUCCCGACAAGGCGGUGGGCGUGGCUGAUGAUGACGAGGAGGAGAAUGAGGACAUGUAAACAUUGGCGGCACUUUGUGCCCUAAAUUAUUAUAAAGUCUUUACCAUAACAAUGGCUAAUACAUGGCGGCAAAUGUAAACAAUCAGCCAGAGACCUGUUGGAGCAACUUUAAGACGUCAUCCGCCCACGGGAAAAAUGCUCGGCGAUUAGUGCGAUUCUUCUUCGCCUUUUGUGUGCGGAAUAUUGCUCGUAUUGUUGAUGCCCCCGACUGACGUGCUGACAUCGCAGUUUGACAGCUCCUUUCAAAAGUUAAAUGCUUAAAUCGACCAGAAUAAUUAAGCAAAUACAAUACUGGCACAUUAGCAGCGACACGA